AUGAUAAGUGAGUUCGAAAAUUUGUCUCUCGGAGGGAAUAAUACUGCUAGUAAUCAUGCAGAUCCUUUUACCCAUACCGAGUUGACACCUGAGCAACAAAAAACUUUAAUAGAUAUAAGACGCAGGAAAACAGAAUUGCUUUUGGAAAUUCAGCAACUUAAAGAUGAACUGGGCGAGGUCGUGGCGGAACUCGAGGCUCUGGACGGCCAAGAGGAGUGCAAACAGAACAGUAAAGCCAAACAGAUGAGUAUAGGCAGAAAGAAAUUUAACAUGGACCCAAAAAAAGGUAUAGAAUACCUUUACGAAAACGGACUAUUACAAAGGACACCUGAGGAUGUUGCGCAGUUUCUUCACAAAGGCGAGGGUUUAAGCAAGACAGCGAUAGGAGAUUACUUGGGAGAGCGUUCGGAAUUCAACGAGGCUGUCCUUCGGGCGUUCGUAGAAUUGCACGAUUUCACGGAUUUAAUACUAGUACAAGCGCUAAGACAAUUCCUUUGGAGCUUUCGAUUGCCGGGAGAAGCACAGAAAAUCGACCGUAUGAUGGAAUGUUUCGCACAGCGUUACUGUCAACUGAACCCGGACAUAUUCACGAACGCGGACACUUGCUACGUUUUGAGCUUCGCUAUAAUAAUGCUCAAUACUUCAUUGCACAACCCCAGUGUGAAGGAUAAGCCUUCACCGGAACAGUUCGUCGCAAUGAACCGCGGGAUCAACAACGGCGGUGAUCUACCUCAGGAGUUGCUCUUGUCAUUAUACGAGUCUAUAAAGACGGAGCCCUUCAAGAUACCCGAGGACGACGGCAAUGAUCUCAUGCAUACUUUCUUCAAUCCGGACAAAGAGGGAUGGCUUUGGAAGCAAGGUGGCAGAUAUAAGUCAUGGAAACGUCGCUGGUUCAUAUUAAAUGAUAACUGUCUAUAUUACUUCGAAUACACAACAGACAAAGAGCCGAGAGGCAUCAUUCCACUCGAAAAUAUAUCUGUCCGUCCAGCGAGCGACCGACAACGACCGCACUGCCUUGAGUUGUACGCCAGUGGUGGGGCCGAUCUCAUCAAAGCCUGUAAAACUGACUCUGAGGGUAAAGUCGUCGAGGGAAAGCAUACUGUUUAUAGAAUGUCAGCUUCAACAGCUGAAGAGCGAGAUGAGUGGAUCGAGUGUCUCCGUCGUUCAAUAAGUCACAAUCCGUUCUAUGACAUGUUAGCACAACGCAAGAAGAAGGCCCAACACAACGUACAUUCGAGCUCGCACUAG